AUGAGGGCUAAUCUCGUUUUCGGCAUAUUUUGUGCCCUUGUUACCACCAUUUUAGUUCACGGCCAAGACCAAUCAGGUUACAUCAGCAUCGAUUGUGGCAUACCUCCUUACGAUACCCCUGAAGACACUAUGACUAACAUUAAUUACGUCUCCGAUGAAGCUUUCAUAACCACCGGCGUAAACUUCAAGGUCUCUGAAGAAUACGGCUAUCCAAAAAACCCGGUAUUGCUGUCAACUCUUGCUGAAGUAAGAGCUUUCCCUCAAGGAAACAGAAACUGUUACACCUUAAAACUUUCACAAGGAAAAGAUCAUCUUUAUCUCAUUAGAGCUUCCUUUAUGUAUGGAAACUACGAUGGUAAAAAAGCUUUGCCUGAGUUUGAUCUCUAUGUAAACGUGAACUUCUGGUCGACAGUGAAAUUCAAAAAUGCUUCUGAUCAAGUCACCAAAGAGAUUUUAAGCUUUGCAGAGUCGGAUACAAUAUAUGUUUGCCUUGUGAAUAAAGGCAAAGGAACUCCUUUUAUUUCAGGGUUAGAGCUCCGACCAGUGAACAGCUCAAUCUACGGUACUGAAUUUGGAAGAAAUGUCUCUUUGGUUCUCUAUCGAAGAUGGGACAUUGGAUAUUUAAACGGAACAGGACGGUACCAAGACGAUAGAUUCGAUCGUAUUUGGUCUCCAUACUCCUCAAAUAUCUCCUGGAACUCGAUUAUAACAUCGGGCUAUAUCGAUGUUUUUCAGAACGGUUAUUGUCCACCUGAUGAAGUUAUUAAGACAGCUGCUGCUCCUGAAAACGUUGAUGAUCCGUUGGAAUUGUUCUGGACAUCAGACGAUCCAAAUGUUCGGUUCUACGCAUAUCUUUACUUCGCGGAACUCGAAACACUAGAGAAGAAUGAGACUAGAAAGAUCAAGAUUUUGUGGAAUGGUUCCCCUGUUUCUGAAACUUCUUUCGAACCUUCUUCAAAAUAUUCAACGACGUUUUCUAAUCCAAGAGCUUUCACUGGUAAAGAUCACUGGAUUUCUAUUCAGAAGACUGUAGAUUCAACGCUUCCACCGAUUCUCAAUGCUAUAGAGAUUUUUACCGCACAAUCUCUAGAUGAAUUUUCCACCACAAUUGAAGACAUUCAUGCUAUAGAAAGCAUAAAAGCAACUUAUAAAGUGAACAAGGUUUGGAGUGGUGAUCCUUGCUCCCCAAGAUUAUUCCCUUGGGAAGGUGUUGGAUGCAGCGACAACAAUAAUAAUCAUCAAAUCAAGUCCCUGAAUCUUAGCUCAAGCGGAUUACUAGGACCAAUAGUCUUGGCAUUUAGAAAUCUCUCUCUUCUUGAGUCAUUGGAUUUAUCCAACAAUGACCUGCAACAAAAUGUGCCUGAGUUUUUGGCUGAUCUAAAACAUUUGAAAGUCCUGAAUUUGAAAGGAAACAAUUUUACUGGGUUUAUCCCAAAAUCCCUUAUGAAAAAGUUAAAGGCCGGUUUACUUACGCUCAGUGCGGAUGAGCAAAACCUUUGUAACUCAUGUCAAGAAAAGAAGAAGAAGAAGAGCAUGGUCGUGCCAAUAGCUGUAGCAGCAUCAGUGAUCGUUCUCGUUGUCGUCUUGGUUAUCAUAUGGAUCAUACUAAGGCAAAGAAAAAAAGGAGCCUAUUCAGGACCACUCCUGCCUUCAGGGAAGAGAAGGUUCACAUAUAAUGAGGUCUCUAGCAUAACAAACAACUUCAAUAAAGUGAUUGGUAAAGGAGGGUUUGGUAUUGUGUACCUUGGUUCCCUUGAAGAUGGGACUAAAAUUGCUGUAAAGAUGAUAAACGAUUCUUCAUUGGCAAAACCUAAAGGAACUUCAUCAUCAUCAUUAUCCCGGGCUUCUAACCAAUUCCAAGUCGAGGCAGAGCUUCUUUUGACAGUGCAUCACCGUAACUUAGCUUCAUUUGUUGGAUACUGCGAUGAUGAUCGUAGCAUGGCUCUCAUCUACGAGUACAUGGCCAACGGCAACUUGCAGGCUUAUCUUUCAAGUGAGAAUGCAGAGGAUCUUAGUUGGGAAAAGAGACUCCAUAUAGCCAUAGAUUCUGCACAAGGUUUGGAGUAUUUGCACGAUGGAUGCAGACCAGCAAUAGUACAUAGAGACGUUAAAACAGCAAACAUUCUAAUAAACGAUAACUUGGAAGCCAAGAUUGCUGAUUUCGGCCUUUCUAAGGUCUUCCCUGAAGACGAUCUCAGCCACGUCGUGACUACCGUCAUGGGCACUCCCGGCUACGUUGAUCCUGAAUACUACAGAACAUUUGUGCUGAACGAGAAGAGCGACGUGUACAGUUUUGGGGUCGUUCUUCUUGAACUCAUCACUGGCCAGCGAGCCAUCAUCAAAACAGAAGAAGGAGACAAUAUCAGCGUUAUUCACUACGUUUGGCCGUUCUUUGAGGCUAGAGAACUAGACGGCGUCGUGGACCCGCUGCUUCGGGGAGACUUCUCGCAGGACUCAGCUUGGAAGUUUGUGGAUGUGGCAAUGUCUUGCGUCAGAGAUAAAGGAUCGAAUAGACCAACGAUGAACCAGAUCGUAGCGGAGCUGAAACAGUGCCUAGCUGCUGAGCUGGACCGUGAGCCACAGAGCCAGUGAAAGUCAAAGAGAUUACGGAGAAGUAGGACGAAGCCAAAUGGAUUAAAAGAGGUUUGGAUAAUUUCUAUAUAGGUUAUUUGUGUUGUAU